AUGAGGUUAGAUAUGUCUAUUUAUCCUUUACUUUCUAUUUUUUUAAUUUUUUUGUCUUUAUUGGUUCCAGUAACUUAUUCAAAAGAAGAACAGAAACCAAAAGGGCCUAAAGUUACGGAUAAGGUUUUUUUUGACAUUAAAAUUGGUGAAGAAAAAGUAGGUAAAAUAGUAGUUGGAUUAUUUGGAAAAACUGUCCCUAAGACUGUUGCUAAUUUUGUUGAACUAGCAAAAAGAGAAAAAGGUGAAGGAUAUGUUGGAAGUACUUUCCAUCGUGUCAUCAAAGAUUUUAUGAUUCAAGGAGGUGAUUUCACAAAUGGAGACGGUACUGGAGGUCGUUCUAUUUAUGGAGAGAAGUUUGCUGAUGAAAACUUUAAAUUAAGACAUUAUGGACCAGGAUGGCUUUCUAUGGCUAAUGCCGGACCUGACACUAAUGGAUCACAAUUUUUUAUUACAACAGUUAAAACAAAAUGGCUCGAUGGUCGUCAUGUAGUAUUUGGUAAGGUUCUUGAAGGAAUGGAUGUCGUUAGAAAGAUUGAAAACACUAAAACACUUGCAGGUGAUAAACCUGAACUCCCUGUUGUUAUUGAAAGUUGUGGACAUAUUGUUGUUGAAACUCCAUUUUCAGUUGAAAAAGAUUUUUAA